UCUCUAUCACCCAUUCCCAUUCCCCUUCGUUCUCUCUCGGCCAAGAUCCCUCUUCAUCAUCCAUGGCCGCCGAGGUGGACCGGGGCUACCGCACCUCCUUCCGGUCCUACGUCGCCACCGAUCCCCAUCUCCAGAUCGUCAGCGGCAAAGCCUUCAGUGCGGCCACUCACAACUCCUAUUCCCAUCCGCGUCUCGUCACCACCGCCCCUUCUUGGCCCUCCGACCCCACUCCUCCACCACCUCCUAAGCCACGCAGGCAUUCUUCUUCUUCUUCUUCCUCUUCGACCGCUUGGUGCUUCAGCGAUCCAGAGCUUAAACGAAGACGCCGCGUCGCCAGCUACAAAGCCUACGCCGUUGAAGGCAAGGUCAAGGCCUCUCUUCUCCGUGCCAUUCGAUGGUUCAAGGGUAAGUGCUCCGCCAUCGUCGGCGAUCGGUGAUCGGUGAUCGGUGAUCAUACCCUCUUUCUCUCUUUCUCUUUUCUCUUGUUGUAAUUUAUAUUUUAUCUUUUGUUAUCUUUGGGCCUUUCCAGUUGCUUCUCAUGAAUAUUAUUGAUUUUUAAUUUCUUAUUA